AUGAACGCCGAACAGUUGGAAGUGGCCAUGGCGGACAGGUCGACACCGCUUGUGAUUGAUUUUUACGCCACGUGGUGCGGUCCGUGCGUGUUGAUGUCCGCAGAGUUGGAAAAAGUGAAGGAACAACUCGGCGAGGCGGUGCGAUGCAUCAAAGUGGACACGGACGAGGAGACAGAGUUAGCUACGCAACUUGGCAUUGAAGGUUUACCCACGAUAGUCUUCGUUUCGAAAGAUGCGGCGUCGCCGGCGUUGAGAACAGAAGGGAUGAUACCGGCGGAGACGGUUAUUUCCAUAAUCGAAAACCAGCUGCAAGGUUAA